AAACAUUGACACGCCUAGCAAAGACGCGUCGCGACGCGCUGAGACCCCGCAGCAAUGCAGAGCCACCAGCAGUCGUCGUCGUCGCCGGGCGCUGGUAAAGACACUACGCCGCGAGGAGGUCCACGACCCAUCAACAAUGAGUCAAACUCUCUUUCACGCUCGGUCAAGCGCCUUUCACUGCACACAAGUACAAGCAACCUGCGUGACCCGUCGCCCGGCCCGGCUUCACCUAGACUACCAAAAGCGCGCACGCCGUCUUCACCUCUUCCCCAAACGCUCCGCCGCAGCUCCAGUACUGCGAGCUUGAAUCGCGCCUCUUCCCCUGCACCCUCACUCGUCCUAGGGCGGAAGUCCUCGAGCUCGUCACUGCGCGGUGACAUCAACCUUGCCGGUACACCAAGAAACCCAGCAUCUCGCCGAUCGUCAUUCGCACCCAAUAUGCCUUCGCCAAUAGGGGCCAAGAGCCCACUACAGCCACAUUUCGAGGAGAAACCGCCGUUGCGCGCGUGCGAUGUUGCAGAGGAACACUUCAAGAAAGAGCUCGCGCGACAUGAAGGGAUGGCAGGCACAGCGAGUGCAGGCACAAUCGUCAUCGUACACGACCACUGCUAUGGACACCGCUAUUCUCGACCAAAGACGCCUAAGAACAUCCUCAGUCUGAUCAUGGAGCGACCGGAGCGUAUACUGGCCAGUGUUCUGGGUAUAUCGACAGCGUACGUGCGACUCGGUGGGCGGCAUGCGCAAGGAUAUCAUCCGUUGCACCCUGAGCAGAAUCCACCCAACCGCAUACCCUUCAAGAUUCGAAAGACCUCACGCGUAGUCGACAUCACAUCACCUGUCGUAACAAACGUACAUGGCACAAGGUGGAUGGAGGAGCUGAAGUCCUUGUGCGACAACGCAGGAGCAAAGCUGGCAACAACGGGCAAAGAGCUGGCCAGAGACGGACCAACAGCACCAGGACAACCGCCGAAACAUGAGUUUCAUGCUGGCGACUUGUACCUCUGCCAGGAGUCACUAGAUGCUUUUCAGGGAGCACUUGGUGGUGUUCUGGAUGCAGUUGAUGCAGUCUUUCAGGGUACCGCCCUGGGUGGUGGGCCGUCUCGAGCCUUCGUUUGCGUGCGUCCACCAGGUCAUCACUGCUCAGCAGGCUUUCCAUCCGGAUUCUGCUGGCUAAACAAUGUGCACGUCGGUAUCGAGCACGCCAUGAUGCAGUACGGUCUAACACAUGCGGCCAUCAUUGAUUUCGAUCUACAUCACGGAGAUGGUUCACAAGCCAUUACCUGGGCGCGGAACAAGAAGGUGCAGAAUAUGCCAAAGGGCACAGCAAAUCGCAAGAAGACGUCUAUCGGCUACUUCAGCUUGCAUGACAUCAACUCGUAUCCGUGUGAGGACGGCGACGACGACAAGGUUCAGGCAGCGAGUCUUUGCAUCGACAAUGCACACGGACAGUCGAUCUGGAACGUACAUUUGCAGUCGUGGAAGACACCAGAAGAGUUCUGGGCUAUCUAUGAAGACAAGUACCUUGUGCUCCUCGACAAGACCCGCCAAUACCUCAAGUUCCACACAAAGCGACUGAAGAGCGGGCCGAACCAGCCUGCUCCCAAAGCCGCUAUCUUCUUGUCUGCUGGUUUCGAUGCUAGCGAAUGGGAGACUGCUGGAAUGCAGCGACAUGCAGUCAACGUGCCAACAGAGUUCUAUGCCCGCUUCACCCGGGACGUCGUUCGCCUGGCUGAGGAGGAAGGUACAGCUGUUGAUGGUCGUGUCAUCUCGGUAUUGGAAGGCGGCUACAGCGACAGAGCCCUGGCAAGUGGAGUCAUGAGCCACAUCAGCGGCCUCACGGACGGCCAGGUAUACAACGACCCCAACCCCACGAGCGGACUCGCACUCGACAUGCACCAAAGACUGGCUGGACUGAGCAUGUCAGAUGUAGAUCUACCUAUGCAGUCAGUCGAGGCUCACUUGACACCCGUCACAUACGACCCUUCAUGGUGGCAUGCUACACACCUUGCCGAAUUAGAGAACCUGGUGAACCCUCCGCCACCAGUGGCUAUCAAGAAGCCAAGGCAGGGACCCCAGGCCCACUUUUCAUCUCCUACGCAGUCCUUCACUGCCAAGGUUGUCGAUCCAACGAAACUUGCACAUCUACAGCCUGGCCGAGGUGUACCAGUCAAUCCCUUACGACCGACUACCCCGCCUCCACCAGAUGUAGACUGGGCGACCGCAGCGCAUGCAUUGAGUGCACUGCUUGUACCUUCGGAUCGUCAGACCAGGAGUUGCAGACCUGAGGAACUUGCUCCACCGCAAGUCAAGAAAGAGAAGCCCGCUGCACCAGCAUUGGCCUCCGUGAAAGUCGAUCCCUCUGGUCGUCAAUUGCGUGGCCGCAAGCCUGUCACAUCGUACGCCGACGCAGGGUCCGAUGAGGACAAAGCUUCCCUUCGGACCGAGUCGCGGUCGAGUCGACGACAGACCAUCGCCGACUUUCAGCUUGCAUCUGCGAAGCCGCCCCCACCAGCUCGGCCAGUGUCACGUCGGAUGAGCAUUGCCUCAAGUGUAUCAUCUAUCGGUGACCGCAGCGUCAGUCGUGGACCAAGCAUCCCACCGCCAACUUCGAGGAGGCGAAGUGUCGCACCUUCGACCGCACCUUCAACCGAGCUUCCAGUCAAGAAAGGUCGUGGAACAACUAGUGCAGCUUCAUCUCGAGCGCCUCAGCGGCCGCCGCCUGUAGCGCGAGUGCCCUCCGCCUACUCCAGCAAAGUGGCUCCUGUCAAAGGUAAAGAGAACGACGACAUGGACUCGCUGACUUCAGGCUUGAAACGCGUCACACUGAAGAUGCCUUCAAAGGAGGAAUACGAGGCCCGAGAGAGAGAGAAGGAGGAAAAGCAAAAGGCCCUUGAAGCUUCGAAGAAGACGACCACCAAGACCACGACUCGCAAAGCACCCGCAAACCGCACCACAACCACCAAGGCAGCUGCUAAGCCUGCUGCUGGCACUGCGAAGAGAGGUCCAGGUCGCACAUCAAAGUCAUCAAAGACGUCGUCGCCAGCUACCACGCCAGCACCGAGCGUGACACCAGAGCCCCCAAAGCUGCAAAGUGCCGCCACAGCACCACUCGAGCAACCAGAGCCGGUACAGCCAGAACCAAUCUCUAGCUUGGUAGAUCCAGUGAACCGACCUUCAGCUCUGCAGGAGACCUUGUUCGCCAGUGUCUCCGAGGCCAGUCGCCGUGGCUCCGGUGGCAUAAUCGAACCACCAACCGAUAUCAGAGAUUCAGUCAUCACGCCCGAACAGCUUCGCGAGCAGCUUCCCCUACCUUCAUUCGUGACAGAAGCGGAAGCACCUCCCACAAUGAUACCCCCUCAAUGCGCCGACACACCUCCACCACCACCACCUGCUACUGGCUUGCAAUUUGUAAAUUACAACGCGCACUCGUUUGAUACAGCUCCUUUAGCAAAUGGCGUGCCUCACACAUUGGAGCCUCAGACCUCAGCAGGCUUACGCUGGCUACCUCCGAACACCGACACAACGGCAACCCCACCGAAGAUGGGAUCCCGUCCCAUGUCGCCUGCCAUGAGGCAAGAUUUGCCUUUGUUCACCGCGAAUAGCAUCAUACCCUUUGCCGUACCAGCUCCUGCACCCGCUCCUCAGCAGAGCGCGUCUAUCAAGGCAGAGAACUACAAAGACGUCUGGGAAGUACCCGACACACCUGCCCGCUAGUCGUACAGCGCAAUUGAAGGAUUGGUACCAAGUAGGGCGUUCGUUGGUGGGACUAGACGUUUGAGGCGUUCACAGGAUUGAGUG